AAUCAAGUGUCUCAGCCUAAUUCAUUCUUCUUCCUUCUUACACUCUUUAACACAUUCUUGUAUCAAGAAAGCAAAACUAGCCAAACCCCUUACCAAAAUGUGUUCUUCCAAAUCUAAACAACAAAGAGGGAAUGUUGAAAUUUCACCUCAAACAAUCUCUCAUAUCAAUGGACGCCCUGUUUUUCAACCAUAUAGCAAUAGAGAUCCUCUCUUAGAACGCCACAAUUCCCUUAAAAAAUCAUCUUCCAAAACUUCUCCUACUCCAACAACUAAUACUUCUCCUUCAAAAAUCAAAAUUUCAGCAACAACUUCUCCUAUUUCACCUAAAAUCAAGAGAGUGGGUGAUUCUAACAUCUUGAAUAUAAGUACUGAGAAAAUUGUGACACCAAAAAGCAAUGCUAAAUCCACUAAAUAUGUGAAGAAUUCUUCUUCUUUUAAGAUUCUUGAGGUUCCGGGAAGCAUAGCAGCAGCAAGAAGGGAACAAGUAGCAAUGAUGCAAGUGCAAAGAAAAAUGAAAACUGCACAUUAUGGUAGAACAAAUUCUGCUAAAUAUGAAAAUAGAGUCACCCCUCUUGAUUCUUCCAAUACUUCAAGUCCUAGAGAGGGCAAAAGGUGCAGCUUUAUCACACCUAAUUCUGACCCUGUCUAUAUUGCAUACCAUGAUGAGGAAUGGGGAGUUCCUGUCCAUGAUGAUAAUCUGCUAUUCGAAUUGUUGGUAUUAACUGUUGCUCAAGUUGGAUCAGACUGGACUUCGGUGCUAAAGAAAAGGCAAGAUUUUAGGAAUGCCUUUUCAGGAUUUGAUCCAGAAAUUGUUGCAAAAUACAAUGAAAAGAAGAUAAAUUCAACUAGCACUGAUUAUGGCAUUGAGCUAAGCCAAGUCCGAGGUGUCGUCGACAACUCUAAAAGAAUUCUAGAGAUCAAGAAACAAUUUGGGUCGUUCGACAAGUAUCUGUGGGGAUUCGUGAACAACAAGACCAUCGCAACACAAUACAAGGCCUGUAACAAAAUCCCAGUAAAGACCUCAAAAUCAGAAACAAUGAGUAAAGAUAUGGUGAAAAGAGGGUUCAGAUAUGUUGGCCCCUCUGUUAUACAUUCCUUUAUGCAGGCAGCUGGUCUUACUAACGACCACCUUAUCACCUGUCCACGACAUCUCCAAUGUGCUGCCCUCCCAACUCAACCACCUAUUAUUCAAUGAAAAUUUGACCUACUAACUUCAGAAAAUAUAUUGUACUCUACUUUAUAAGCCAUUGACUUAAGGGGAGUCUUGGAGCAAUGGUCAAGUUGUCUCCGUGUGAUCUAUAGAUCUCGUGUUCGAGCCGUGAAAUCAGCCAUUACUGCUUGCAUCAGGGUAAGCUGCCUACAUCAUACCCCUUUACAGUGCGGCCCUUCCCAAGACCCUGCGUGAACGCGGGAUACUUUAUGCACCGAGUUGCCCUUGACUUAACUACUAGUGAUCGAAAAGUUGGUAAAGCAACUAGCUGAUUGUAAUACAUAUACCCUAAUUAGUUUUUUCUUUUUCCUCAAAGUCCUGUUUGUUAUGUGAUUAUUUUAGAGGCGUGGGAAGUGAUAUAUUUUGAUGAUGGAAUCUUUAGUAGGUGUUUGUACAGUACUUGGUUCGUGUAGCUGAAAAAAAGAGUAUUGAGAUUGAAGUUGAAAAAGAGUAUUCGGAAGUUUGCGUUUGUACCAGAAUUUCACUUGAAAAAAAGGGUUGCCUAUUUGUCAAUGAAAAUUAUUUUUUCACUUA